AUGGCAGCCCCGUCAUCACCUCCACCGCCCAAUUUGGAUCCCCCUUUUAGAGGGUAUAUCGAGACCACCUUCGAUGCUUUGCUAGUUUUUGAAGCUGCUCGAAGGGGUAUGAUACCCCGAGUGACUAGAAGAUUGAUCGAGAGAGAACGAGGAAUGGUGCAAUCAGGAGCUGUAUUCGUAUUUGAUGAGCAUGAGAGUGGGAUCAAAAGAUGGACAGAUGGCUUAGUAUGGAGUCCUAGUAGAAUAUUAGGUAAUUUCUUGGUCUACCGAGAGACAGAUAAGCGAUCCCCCGGUACACCUACGAAAACCUCAUCCACCUCACCACCUGAGACCUCUCCUAGCGCUAGCACACCCCUCGGACGGCCUGGUACAGCCACGCUAGGUAUGUCAGGAUUUGACUCACCCACCGGUAUGGGUCAUAUGCAGCCUAGCGUCAUGGAUGCGCCAUCUUCAUCGAUGCACGGUAUGACAGAACCUCCUCCACUUGGUCAAGGAGCUCUUGCUCGACCUCGAAGUGCUAGUGAAGGCGGAGGUGCAAUGGACAGACAAAGGGAGAGGCAAUUGGUAGGAAGUUUGACCAACAGCUAUAAAUUCAAAGAAGGUGGUCUCGUCAAGAAGACCAUGUCCGUCUCGGUCAACGGCUUCAAUCAACAUAUGGUGUCCUACUACUCGGUACAAGAUGUACUUGCCGGGAAACUCAGAGCACCAUCAACCAUUCCUGAGCUCUCCUCCCUCGAAAUCAGCCAAGAAUACCUGAACAAGCAGAAUUUCCGAUUCCCACCCAUGAUUGAGCGUGGUCCAGAUGGUAUCAACAGGUAUAGAGGUGAAGCAGAAGAGCCGCAAUCACCCACCUCUCCCAACAGUCAAUUUUCGUUUCAGUCCUUUCCGCCCUCAUCCUCAAGUGGAGAAUACUAUGAUGGAGGAUAUUCGCAGAUGACCUCUCAUGCACCUCGAGUUGGAUCACCCAGGAAUCGAUCAGUGACUGUUCCCAUGCCAGUUCCGUUACCCCCACAUGCCCAAUCAAUGGCGGGGUCGUAUGUUGGACCAAACAGCCAUGGAUCUACGUUUUAUGAAUCGCCAACCGUAGGAGCGAUGCACUACGCUCCGUCGCUCGCUCGCCAAAGCUCAAGCAGCUCGAUCCACUCAUCAGCCUCAGGAGCUAUAAGGCCUACAAGCUCAAGUAGGAGAUAUGAUCCUUACGGCCCCGGACCUGGUUCCGCUACUUCACCGAGAUUAUCUGGUGGAAUGCAGUAUCAGCCUAACUUACCUCAUCGUCGACAAUCACAGCCCAUUCCACCCGAAAACCUUUAUUCGCAAUCCAAUAGCGCAUCAUACGAUGUCAAACCGAACCCAUACAAUUACCAUCCACCUUCAACUGCUCCAUCUACUUUCUCGGCUUUUUAUCCACCUGACGGUGCACCUGAACCUGGUCAUACGCAUGGUGGUCAUCCACACCAUCAACAUUCAUCGCAUAUACAAUCAUCCGUGACUUCACCUACAACCACGACCUUUGCCCAUGCGCCCACGCACGGCUAUGCUGCAUGGCAGCCUGUACCUCACCAACCAGCGGGCGUACCACCCAGUUCCAGUGGUUCCGACUCUACUUCUAGAUUGUUACCUACCAUCAAUACCCGCACGGAUUUUGGUAAUCCCCCUUCAUCAGCUGGGUCGGGAUCUACAUCAGGUGGAAGUAGGAUGACGUCCGGUCAACAACCUUCACCACUACAAUCUUCUCAAACUGCUGGAGGGGCGGAUCCGUGGGUACACACCCACCCUAACGUCAAUGUCAAUGAUAACUCCUCGACCAACUCGAAUGUAUGGUCGGACGCCAACCAACCUGGUGGACAUGAUGGUGGUGGCGGACCGAACCAAUCGUAUAUCCAACCGUUACAUCAUCAGCAUGAUGACUGGGCGAGGUCCAAUGCGGGUGCGAUUGUAUGA